AUGGCCGCCUUUCUCCGAGGAAAGCAGACAGGCAUACAGAAUGACCUGUCUGCGUCCAUCCUCCCCGAGCUCUUUGCCCCCGACUACCAGUCUGCCUACGGCAUCAACUCGCAGGUCAGCUGCCUAGCUUACGAUCCAAUCCAGUCGCUUCUCGCCAUCGGAACGAACGAAUCCAAGUUUGGCCCCGGUAAAAUCUUCGUCUUCGGCCAAAACCGAGUCCAAAAGACCAUCGAGCCGCCAAGGCGCACAUCCUUCCGCUCCCUCCACUUCACCGCCAACCGACUGGUUUCCCUCGAUGCCAAGAACGAGCUGGGAAUAUGGGAUCUCGAUACCGCCAAGCGAGUCGCCGGUAUUGUCUGUCCCGGCCAUGUCGCCUGCCUCAUCACCGACCCCUUGCUCGACUGGGCCUUCAUCGGACUGGCUACGGGAGAGAUCUUGGCAUACGACCUUGACAGGGAGAACAUCACAAAGUCUUUCAGACUGCCGAACUUCUGGAAGGAGAAGGACCCGAAAGCCCGUGUCGUUGGGUUGGUGAGCAUUGCGCUUCACCCUAGGGACAUUGGCAAACUGCUCAUCGCCUACACCACGGGAGUGGUCGUGUACUCUUUCAAGCAAAACAAGCCCACUCAGUUCUUGGAAUAUGUUCUUCAACCAGGCGCGCCUGGCGGCGGUGGAGAGCCACCUGAUACGGUCCGCCGGCCGAGGCUUUCUCACGCUCUGUGGCACCCCACUGGUACCUUCAUUAUGACGGCCCAUGAUGAUGGAAGCAUGGUGUUUUGGGACCCGAAGGAUGGCCGUGUUGUCAUGGCCAGGACAUUGGACGAGUUCAAGAUCGAUCAGCCUUCACCUAACGCGGGACAUGUUGGCUUCAGAGAGCCAUAUGCCAAGAUCGCAUGGUGCUGCAAGGACAACCCGGACGACACCGGAAUUCUCAUCGCAGGUGGCCACAGCCCGGAGAAUCCGCAAAAGAGCCUGACAUUCAUCGAGCUGGGACAGACCCCCGUCUACGCAACUUCGACAUGGCAGGUUCUCGAAGACCAUUUGCGAGGAAAGAGAAACAUCUCCUUGCCGACACCCUCAGGGGCUCAGGUCGCUAACUUCCUACUCAUUCCCCGUCUUUCGCCGUACUUUGCUGGCGCACAGGAUCCCAUUGCGGUGUUGACCCUGCUCACUUCUGGCGAGCUACUCACCAUGAGUUUCCCCUCGGGAUACCCAAUCAGUCCAACAAACCAGCUUCACCCCUCUGUCUCUUUCGUCCACCCGUAUGUCAACAGAUUCGCCGUGCAGACCGUCGACCGGGGCCGCUGGCUCGGCAUGGUCGAGACCAGAAAUCAGGGCGAACCACUGCUUAAGGGCGGCGCCGCAGCUGCCAAGCCGAAGCGCCGAUACGAAGGACGUACCAUUUUCCAGAUCGCCCACGGCGACAGCACGGUCCGUCUCUGGGAUGCCGGUCACGACGAUGAGAUUGAGAACCCUACCAUGCUUCAAGUCGACGUUGCUCGCUCGCUCGAUCGUUACGAGGAUGUUGAUAUUACCUCCAUGCACAUGGCUCCCAACACUGGCGAAUUCGCUGUUGGCACGCGCAACGGUGAGCUGGUGAUUUACAGAUGGGCUGGCAACAGGUUCCAUGGAAAGGAUCACCACGAGGACAUUGCUGCCAACCCCGGUGGCCUCACUGACAUCAGCUCCAGAGCGGAGCCGUCUCUCAAAGAGGGCUUGCAGCCGUGGCAGUUGUACGAGAUGAUGCAAGGACCAAUUUCGGCCGUCAGCGUGUCAGAUGUCGGCUUUGUGGCUGUUGGCUCUGAAGGCGGCUUCUUCAGCAUUAUCGACUUGAGAGGACCGUCAGUCAUCUACCAAAUGUCUAUGUCGGAAUUCGCCAAGCGUGAGAAGAGAGCCUCGUUCUUGAAGGGUCAUAGUCAGCCCAGCGGAAAGGAGUGGCCGGUUGCCAUUGAGUUCAGUGUCAUGACACUAGAGGGCGACAACUACUCCAGCAUCUGCUGCUUCGUUGGCACCAACACAGGAAGGGUGGCCACGUUCAAGAUUCUGCCCUCCGGCAACAGCUACUCGGUAACUCUCGCCGGAGCUCAGCAGUUUGACGGCAAGGUUGUGGCUCUCUGCCCUAUUGUUGCGGACUCUGGCAAGCCUGCAUUUGCGACUGGUCCCAUUGUUGCAGGCCUCAGGAACGGACAGCAGGUGAACGGUGUCUUGAUUGCUGUGACGCAAACCGAGAUUCGCGUCUUCAAACCCGCAGGAGCCAAGGGAGCCUCUAAAUCCUUUGAUGACAUCCUCUGUGACGCAGCAAACGUCACCGAAUUCGAGCUCCACGGCUUCGCCAUUGUAGGCGUCUUUGGCGACAGGACAACCCGCGCGUUCUCCAUCCCGGGACUGAAGGAAAUUGGAAGGGCUCAGCUUCCCAUGCUGGACAGCAGUCGCAGCACCGCCGCCGUGGUGACACAGACCGGCGAUGUCUUUGGCUGGACUGGCCCAUCUGAAAUUGCAGUCCUAAGCGUGUGGGGUACUGCGAAGGAUCUUCCCGUCAGCGCGGACGUUCUCAUCAACCCCGAGCUCAUCACGCCGCCUCGCCCUACCAUUUCUAACAUGCAGUGGUUGUCGGGCACGCAGUACAUCUCGCCGACGGACCUUGAUCUUCUCAUCGCCCCUGAUCGCCCGCCCAGCAGACGCAUGAUCCAGGCGGCGGCGGCAGAGGCUAGGGCUGCACGCUCAGGCCAAACAGCUGCAGGGCCAAGCGCUGGAGGUGCGCAGGAGGGCUGGGGUGAUUACCUCACUAGACAACUCAAUGAGCGGACUGAGAAGCUCAACAUCAUGAGCGAUAACAUGGACAACCUGCAGAACCAGAGUGCAGGCUGGGCAGACGACGUUGGCAAGUACAUCAACAAGCAGAAGCGGAAUGUUGUGCUGGGAGGGCUCAAGAGCAAGUUUUUCUAA